AUGGAUACUAAGUUCUGCUACUACAACAACUACAACGCGUCGCAGCCGCGCCAUUUCUGCAAGGGCUGCCAGCGCUACUGGACCGCCGGCGGAACGCUCCGCAACGUCCCCGUCGGCUCCGGCCGCCGGAAGGGCAAGAUCCCCGCGGGCGCCGCCACCGCCGCCGUUGCCAACUCCCCGGGGAAUCAGCAACCGGCAGCCGGUCUCCUGCCGGCCGCCGCAGCCAUGGCGGGGUCUUCACCAUGGGGCAUGGAUCCCGCUGUCGCUGCGACGGACGCGGGUUCGAAUCCGUUCGCUGCCGCCUUACCACACGGCCAGUUUGUGCCGUCUAAUCUGCCGACACAUCUCCCGGCGCAUCUGCCGGCGCACUUGCCUCCGCACAUGGUGGUCGACAGCAGCGCCGCUCUCCGCCAAAUGGGCCUUCCCUCCGCCUUUUCCGCCCCCACCGGCGCAACUUUCGCCGCGCCGCCUGCCGCGCCCGGCGCGCAGGCUCCAGGCGGGAUGGCGGGAAACCCCGCGGGUUUGGCGGCGCUUUAUCCGUGGAGAUUCGGUGGAGUUCCCUUCGCGGCGGGCCAGGCUCCCGCCGAGGCUCCGCUUUCUCUCCCCGGACUCCCAAACUUGUCCGCGCCUUCCUCGUUCGGCGGUCUGGCGCGCGGAAGCCCGUCCGCCUUCUGCCCCUCCACGACAGCUGCACCUAGUACCACACCUGGCGCGAGCGCGAGCGUGAGCGCAAGCCCUUCCGCGCACGCUUCGUUCCCCAUCUCCUCGCCCGUACCUUCCGUCUGGUCCCCGUACAUGGGCGCAUAUCCCCCCGGAUUUGCCCCUCAUCACCCAAUGUCCGCGCAGCACCUGCCUGGUGCUCCCCCCUUCGCUUCCCCCUUCAACGUGCCUGCGUUUCCGCCUGGCGCGCUUGCGCCCUGGUCCUCUGCGGGGUUCGGCCAUGCCCCUCUCCCCCACCCCUCGCAGCUUCCGCCACACCCGCCCAUGGAUCUUUCCCGCCCAUCGGAAACGAUUUUCCCCGCGUCCGCGCAGGGGUUGAGCGGGAAGAGGGGGAGGGAGGGCGAGGGGAAUGCGAGUGGGGGUGAUGGCGCCGUGGAUUUCUUGAACAAGCGGCAACGAGAGUGCUAA